AUGUCUGCUCCCUCGUUAGCACCUUACAUCCUGAAGCGGCCAUGGUUGAAGAGAUGGAUGGUCCCGUUCGCCAACUGGUACGCCGAUGCGGCCGGAUACAGAAGACUGGGUCUGAGAGCCGACGACCUGAUCCCUGAGGAAAACGACACAGUGCAGCUUGCCCUAAAGAGAUUGUCUCCCAAAGAAUCAUACGACCGGGUCUUUCGCUUGAGAAGAGCUUUCCAAUGCUCUCUAGCCCAUCAGCUAUUACCCCUUGAGGAGCAGACCAAACCAGAGGAGGAUUACAAAUAUUUGAGCCCGAUCAUUGCGGAAAUCGAAGCUGAACUGAAGGAGCGAGCCGACUUGGAGUCUGUUAUUGUUGAAAGGAAGAAGUAG